AUGUAUGAAAGUGAAAAGAAAUCUGCUGAUGUUGUCUCGGGAAAUAAUUUAAGUGAACAUGACAUUGUUGUUUCAGAUGAAAAACAAUACGUUAGUGACAUUUGCCAGGCAGCAUUUACACUAGAAUCGAGCAUGAUAACUCAACGAGACACAAGUCCCAACGAUAAAAAAAAUUACUCUUACGCGUGCAACAAUUGUGAGAAGAAAUUUGGACAAAUAUCACAUUUGCUCACUCACCGCAAGGUAGUCCACGAAGAUCGUAAAGAUUUUCAAUGCGACAAGUGCGAGAAGAGAUUUGGACGUAAAGAGCAUUUACUUGUCCACCAAAAAACAGUCCACGAAAGUCGUAAAGAUUACGCGUGCGACAAUUGUGAGAAGAAAUUUGGACAAAAACCCAAUUUGCUCAAGCACCAAAUAGCAGUCCACGAAGGUCGAAAAGAUUACCGAUGCGACAAGUGCGAGAAGAAAUUUGGAGCAAAAAGGGAUAUGCUCAUCCACCAACAGACAAUACACGAAGGUCGUAAAGAUUCCACAUGCAACACGUGUGAAAAGAAAUUUGCAUGUAAAUCAGACUUGUCAAGACACCAAAAAACAGCAGUCCACGAAGAUCGUAAAGAUUUUCAAUGCGAGAAAUGCGAGAAAAAAUUUGGACAGAAAGAGACUUUGUACACUGAAGUUGUGGUGAUUUCAGAUUUUGCGUACUACUUAAACAAGGAAACCGCCCCACCUGCGCCUCAUGGAUUUGCUCCAAACUUUUUGAGGGUACUUUGUACACCUAGAUAUAACAUGGUUUGGUUCGAUCUUGCAUUGGCCUUUGAAAGAAGUACAACCCACAUGCAAUAUUUAGAUAUUAUGUGUGUUCUGACUGCAACAUGA